AGGUAGGCGACCCGUCCUGGCCCCGACAGGAGAGAAACGCGCGAGUUAAUGCGACCCUAACCGCGCUGCAGCUGCGCUAGCUCCCCGUAUCGCCCUGAGAGUCCCGAGGGAGAGGGAGAGAAGCUGAUGAGCAAGCGGAUAGACACGGCAGGAGGGAGACGAGGCAUGGCGCGGGUGGAGCUCUGCACCGUCGUUACCUCCUCCUCGCUUCCGCUCUGCCUCCUGCUGCUCGCGCUCCUUUCAGCCACCGACGUUGUGUUGGCGGCGACGGCGCCACUCAAGUUCGGCAUCAACUAUGGCCAGAUAGCGAACAACCUCCCGCACCCGACGCAGGUGUCGGGCCUCCUGCAGUCGCUCAACGUCAACCGGGUCAAGCUCUACGACGCGGACCCUGCCGUCCUCACGGCCUUUGCCGGCACCGGCGUCGAGUUCAUCGUCGGCAACGAGGACCUCCACAACCUGACCGACGCCCGCAAGGCCAGCGAAUGGGUGGCGCAGCAAGUGCAGCCGUUCCUCCCCGCCACGCGCAUCACCUGUAUCACCGUGGGCAACGAGGUGCUCUCCGGCAAGGACACGGUCGCCAUGCAGAGCCUUCUCCCCGCCAUGCAGGCCGUCUACCAGGCGCUGGUCGACCUCGGCCUCGGCGGCCAGGUGAACGUCUCGACGGCGCACUCCGUCAACAUCCUCGCCAGCAGCUACCCGCCGUCUGCCGGCGCCUUCCGGGAGGACAUCGCGCAGUACAUCCAUCCGCUGCUCAACUUCCACGCCGAGGUCGGCUCGCCGUUCCUGAUCAACGCGUACCCGUUCUUCGCCUACAAGGCGAGCCCCGGGAGCGUGUCGCUGCCGUACGUGCUGUUCGAGCCCAACCCCGGCGUGCGCGACCCAAGCACCAACCUCACCUACGACAACAUGCUCUACGCCCAGAUCGACGCGGUGUACGCGGCCAUGAAGGCCAUGGGUCACACGGACAUCACCGUGAGGAUCUCCGAGACCGGGUGGCCGUCCAAGGGGGACGACGACGAGGUGGGCGCAACCGUGCAGAACGCUGCGGCGUACAACGGGAACCUGAUGAAGAGGAUUGCGAUGGGCCAGGGCACGCCACUCAAGCCGGACGUGCCCGUCGACGUGUUCGUGUUCGCGCUGUUCAACGAGGACAUGAAGCCCGGGCUGGCGUCGGAGAGGAACUACGGGCUGUUUUACCCCAACGGCACGCCAGUGUACAACCUCGGAUUCAACGGAGCAUCCCUCAGCCCGUCGCCGACGUCGAAGUUCUCCUCUUCUUCCAAGCCGGCGAUUACAUUUCCGGUGGCAGUUGUUGUCCUUCUAGCUGCCUUUUUCCUAUGACCAGCCUACACAAGUAUUACGCGAGGGGGAUUGCGAUAUUUUUCUGACCCACAUAUUAAUCUGACUUUUAGGUUUUCGAGAAUUUUUCUACCAUUCAUCAGUUGAUUGGAUUGUAGGUUAUAGUUCUAUAUGGAAGAGAAGGCUGAUGCAUCACUAGCAUGUCCAUGCACCUGUUCUUGCCGAGCAGUUGAGCUGCUGUAAAAUUUUGAAAACAUGAGCUAAAUUGGAAUAGAGCAAUAGAAGUGGCCCACGAGUGGUCCUAUAGCAUCAGCGAGCAUGCGACUGAGCUCAUAGAUUUGUUGUUUGGUUUUGUUAUUUCUCUGUACUAUUUACCUUGUUAUACUGGUACAAGUCUGUAAGAUUGUUCUU